CAAGAAAGCAGCUUCUUUUCUAGCUCUGUCACUCCUUGACAAUCGUUCUGACCAAGCUCCAGUCUUUCGUUUGCUGGCUUGCUUUCGAUUUUAUUCUACGUACAGCGUUUUGAGAUACCCAAUAUGAAGGCUUCUGUGAUCACUGCCCUAACCUGGGCCGCCUGCACCAUGGCCGGCCCUAUCGGCCUCCGCGAUGUUGCCGGCGAGGACUGUACUUGCGAGAUCGAGACCGUCACGAUCACCGUCCCUGCUCCUACUGAGGUCGGCACCAUCGGUGGCCCUACCAACCCUCCUGGCACGGCUACCUGGUCCGAGCCUGCUGAGCCCAACCCCAACACAAACACUGGCACUGCUACCGGUACUGUUACUGCUACUGCCACUGCCACUGCAACUGAGACAUGGACCAACACCGUGACCGCCACAGGCACUGCCACCGGCCCUGCGACUGUCCCUCCUACAUCUGCUCCCACCCCCUGCGAUGAUGAGGAGUGUCAUGGUACCGGCCACCUCAUCCAGGACCUCGGCCCUCAGGUCAACCGUGCUCUGACUGUUACUGGCGCCGAUGGCGAGAGGUUCCUCGUCCAGGUCAACGAGGACGUCUAUAACCUCCUCUCCGGCAGGGUCUCCCUCAGCGAUUCCAUUGGUGAGAUCGUUGGCGAUGCCGCCACGAUUGGUGAUCUCAUUGCCGACCUCGGCCCCAUCAUCGACUGCAUCCUGACCAUCGUCGGCGAAGACAGCCACAUCCUCCUUGUCCGCCUCGCCCCCGAAGUCGCCGAUCUCCUUCGCGGCACUGGCGUCACCCUCGGCCUUGACGCCAUCAACAACCCCAUCGGCGGCCUCCUCGGCAGUCUCACCGGUGGCCUCCUCACUCGCGACGAGGCCCAGCCCUUGACGGUCACUGGCCAGAGCGGACAUGACCUGCCUGUUGCUCUAGAUGGCGUCGUUGGUAACACUCUCCGUGAGAACAACGUUUCUGGUCCAAUUGGAACCGUUAUUGCCGCGGCCAUCUCUGUGACCCAGCUGUUGCAGCACCCGCUCGCGCAGGACUCUGAGGACCUGAUCGUCGUUAUCGGCCGUGACACUGGUGCUCUGCUUAUCAGACUUGCUCCUGGUGUCGCUAGGCUGCUCGACGGUCUUCUUCCUGGCAUUGCUACCCCUGUCGGUAGGAUCAUUGCCGUCAUUGGUGACAGCUUGUAAACAACUUCCCGCUUUGUAACUCUGGAUUGGCAUGCGGGCAUUGAAAAUGAGGUUUGGACAUACAAAUUCCAUGUAUUAUAGUUGCCUAUCAUAUUUAAUAUAACAUAAUACAUAUUCUCUUU